GUUGAAGCAACACUAGUGGAGCUGUGCGUCAUUCCACCAAAGGAAACAGGGGGACUGCCGCUGACGCAUUACGAACUGCGCAUCCAACCAUCUCCAAACGAACGCUUUCAUGGUCCCUUCGCCUAUCUACCUGGACGUAGAGUCGUUCGAUUGCCGGAUCUCACACCGAACCACUUCUACAAAUUCGCUCUUUCUGCUGUUACGUCCGCGGGUCGAGGACCAAACACAUACAUUCAGGUAAUGACUCGGAAAAUUGGUGUGCCAAAGUUGAAGUUGAUUGCGACAGACUCGGAUGUAACCUCCUCAGAUUACUUGGUGCGGUGGAUCCUUGAGUCAGAUGGCGGUUCUCCGGUCAUCAUGUACAAAAUCAAAAUUCGUCCAGUGGAAACUUCCUGGGGACCAGUUCUGGCUGGAAUUUUGGGGCUGUUAUUUUGGUUCACUUACGAUCAGUCUGACUCGCGACCUCCUGCUAAGUCUGCGACAGUAGUCAACUCUAAUCGGCGUCAGGAAUGCAUCUGGGCUUCUGCCAUCGGUGAUUAUGGUCUAAUUAAGAAGCUGAAAUGGACCAUCCUACAAAGCCAGAUAACACCGUUAGGUUCGUGGACGGUCUUCGACGUGUUAUCUCGAGACGCCGACAGAAGAACGCGCCAUGGAGUGGAAGGCAUGUAUCGCAUCAAAAGCCUUCAACCAGGCACCUCUUACGAGGUAAAUCUGGUUGGUCAGAACUCAGUGGGCCAAUCUAACCCUUAUGUGGUGGUACUGCAGACAUCAGAGUUGAUAGGAACCUCGGGCAGGCUGCUAGGUGAGCCGAUAAGCCAGUACUUUCAUGGCGAUAGUGGUACACGCGUUGCACAUACUCUCUUUCUAUUGGCUGCCCUUUUAAUGGGGCAGCAGGACUUACUGCCUUGA